AUGCUUCCUGCAGGUCGAAGUCUGUGCCGACUAGUCACUCAUUGCUUAAUCCAUCAUCAUGCACCUGUUCAUUGUGCAGCGAUGGUCACAAAUGGGCAAUGGAAUAUUUUGAGGAAGCAAACAGUUGGAAUUCACACGAGUAGUAUUAGGUACAAAAGGGACUAUUAUGAGAUUUUGGGCUUGAAGAAGGGAGCCUCGACAAAGGAUAUCAAAAAAGCAUACUACAAGCUAGCCAAACAGUACCAUCCGGAUGUAAAUAAAAGCAAAGAUGCUAAUGCUCGAUUUCAAGAGGUGUCUGAAGCUUAUGAGGUGCUUAGUGAUGAUCAGAAACGUGCUCAGUACGAUCAGUUUGGCGCAGAUCCAUUCCAACAGCGUCAGACUGCUGGGGCAGCAAGUUACGAUGCAGGUGGCUGGCAAUACCAAUCAACAAUCGAUCCAGAAGAAUUAUUUAAGAAAAUGUUCGGGGGGCGAAGUCCAUUUUCCAAUUUCACAAGUAGUUUCAGCGAUUUUGCUGAUUCGGCAGAUGGCUUUGAAUCAUCAGAGCAGCAUGUUUUGAACAUAUCAUUCGAAGAUGCAGCUCGCGGAGCUCAGAAAUCUUUGAAUAUAAAUGCUGUGGACGAUUGUCCAGCAUGUUUUGGAAAAGGAGUUCAACCGGGUUAUAAAAAGGUUUCUUGUCCAUAUUGUAAUGGGACAGGUUACGUCACGCAACAGAUGGGUGGAUUUUAUAUGCAGUCCACUUGUGGGCGUUGUCGGGGGACGGGUUCUUACAAUAAAAAUCCAUGUUUACAAUGCGAAGGACAUGGUCGAACAGUUCAACGGCGUGCUGUAACUGUUAAUGUACCAGCUGGAAUAAAUGAUGGUGAAACUGUUCGGAUGCCUGUAGGGAAGUCAACUGUUUUUAUUACGUUCAAAGUGGCUCCGUCAUCACGUUUCCGUCGUGAUAAGUAUGACAUUCAUUGUGAUGUUGAAAUAUCUGUUGCACAAGCGAUUCUUGGAGGCACCGUCAAAGUACCUGGGAUAAAGGAAGACACAUAUAUACAAAUACCAUCGGGAACUGCAUCACAUACAAAAAUGCGUUUAACGGGUAAAGGAAUAAAAAAGUUGAAUUAUGCAGGAUAUGGAGACCAGUAUAUAAAUAUCAAGGUGAAAGUACCAAAGCUUUUAACAGACAAACAAAAAGCACUGAUACAAGCUUGGGCUGAGCUGGAAACUGACACUCCAGGUACGAUACAAGGAGUAAGCAGUACUAUUGAAGACAAUGAAAGAAAAAAAGGUGAAAAUGGGGCGACAAUAGUGGAUGAUAAUGAUGAAGGAAAGAGAAGUCAAAACGGAGAAGAAGAGAGAUCAAAAAAUAGUCGAUGA